AUGUCCUCCCGCGCUGUCGUCCCACAGCCAAGGCAGCAGAUACAAGCACAACAUAUCUACCAGGAAUGCUCUUCCGCGAUUGGGACCGACGAACUUGAGAUGCCCCUUGGCCCUGGCACCAGCAGGACCGGCGAGGAGGCAGGAGGAGGGGUUUGUCCUUCUCGCUCGUGGGGUACCUGCUACCCUUUAACGGUUGACGAGUGGUCUAGGGCCAUGAACCAGAGAGAGGAAGUGUCAAACGAUGUUUCGAGAGGUCAUGAGAUGGAGCAGGAUGUUAUGGACUCGUUGCUUUAUUCGGAUGAAUACCUGCCAAGCGGCGCUGAGGAGGAGUUUGAGCAAGGUUCUGGAGGAGUCAAUGGUUUCUGUUUUGGAGCGUAUGAGACAGACGGUAGCGAGGGCGUGGCGGUGUGGUCGCCAGAGCAAGAUGUCCCUGACUUGACGAUUCCACUUCCUGAUGGAUCGGACGAGUGGAUACAUGGGAGCUACUUUGACGAUCGAACGGCCUCUGAGGGACCAGGCAGUGAGGGAUCUUUUGAAUGGGGGUCCGCGGAUCGAACAGAGUCAGCAAAUGGAGCAGAGAUUUAUGGGAGCCAAGGAUGGCAGGACGAAUAUUCGGGUGGGUCUUCGUCGUCGGUGUCCGUGUGGAAACGUUCCAUCUGGAAGGAUAUCGAGACCUCACAUCAGUCUUUUCAGGACAAACAGCAGCAACAACGACUCUGUGGUGAUGGUGAGGAUGGGAGUGUACUUGACAUGCAGCAAGAGAUGGAUGAUGAUCUCUUUGAAGCCGCCACGAUUACAACAGUUGACUUGCUUGGAAACUUGCGGGAUACUCUGUCUGCUGAUGCGCCACCAUUUUAUUAUGAGCCUAAACUACCCUGCCAACAGGGAGAUCAAACCUUCACAAACAACAUUGCACCACCAGUCACACAAACAACGACACACCUACCUCCUUCACUCUCUUCACUAUCAACCUCAGCCUCAACGCCACCACUACAACAGCGACGGCGACGGCGCCGACCAUCAGAGACAUCAACAUCCGCAAAACCAACAACAACAAUCCCAUCUACGACAUCAAGAGCAACAGAGUUCGUGUCCACAACAGAACAGCCACGAGACUGGAUCCUCGAACAAUUGGAAGGGCUGGCAAGUCGGUUCUUGUACGACUUGUCGUUGGGAGAGCCGCCUGUGAUUGAGCUAGCGUCCAGAACUCGGAUGAAUGCGGUUGUUUAUGACCAGGAGGUUGGGGUUAUUCGGCGAUGGAGGGGGAGAGCUACUGAGGUGGUGGUAGGCCCCCCUAGGGGCGAUGAUGUUGGUGUUGCUGGUUUGUUGGAGGAUGAGGCGAUGGAGCAGGUCGCGAAAGAGGAGAAGGUGAAUACCGCGAACAGUGGGAAGAGAUGUAAGGCUGCAGCUGGUUCUGAGGCGAAGGGUGGAACGAAGAGGAAAAGAGAUGAGAAGUCGACCAAGGCCUUACUGUACGACACCUUCGAUGCCACCAAUAUUACCAAGUCCUCGAUACCGUGGCCACCACCACCAUCGCCGUCUUCGUACCAAUUCACACAACGAUCCGUGUACGGGUCAAGUCGCACAAGCCGGAUCCUCCGCGCCACAGAAUUGAUACACGAAAGUGUUUCCAAGGAUACCAUCUCCUCCAAACGAGACAUGUACUACCGGGAUGUAAUGGCGUUUGGGAGCCAGAUUGUGGUGGAUGGGAUAGUCGAGGAUCUGGCGUGUACGUUCGAGGUGCCUCGGUCGAGUCUGAAUGUUGUUGCGGGGACAAGGAGCGUUGUGUUUGGAUCCGUUCGCAUGUUGGUCAAGGCUCUUGGGAGACAGAAGGCUGUUGCUGUUGAUGAUAGUGGAGGAGAGGACAGUGGGGCGAGUGAGCAGUUGCUGUGGUUGCAGGAGGAGAUUGCGAACUCGCCUUUCUCCAAGAUACAAACAUUUUCGAACAACCUCAUGACCAAAGAGCACGGCGAAGGCGAGAAAGAGGAAGAGAACGAUCCACUUGACAGCCGAUUCUCCCAAACAAGCUACAACACCCUGGUGCCCAUCCCCAUCCGGUUCUCGGACAUUGUCGAGAUCGAGAUCCAUCCUCGAACGCGGUUCGUGUUAGUGAUCGAGAAGGAGGCCACACUUAGUAACCUGAUCUCGUUAGGGUUCUGUGAGACCCAUGGCCCUUGUAUCCUGUUGACGAGUAAAGGGUUCCCGGAUCAGGUGGCGCGGCAGUUGUUGAAGGCUCUUUCGGAUAUGGUCCUGGAUGGGGUUUAUCUCAGGCGGUUUCCUUCUCCUCCUCCUGGCUUGGGCGAUGGUUGCAAUAAUAGUGGGAGUGCUAAGAGCAAAUCUUCGGCUGAAGUACUGAGCCUAUAUCAAAGUGUAUUCCAGUCACCACCUCUGGAGAUCCCACUAGUGGCGCUGAUGGACUGUGACCCUCAUGGGAUCGAGAUAUAUCUGACAUACCGUUGUGGGUCUAUCAACUCUGCCUAUGAGAACGCCAACCUUGCCGUGCCCGCGUUGAAAUGUCUUGGUCAGUUCCCUUCCGACUGGGACCUCUUUCUCGACCCACGACCCAUUGAUGCACUCCCCGAUGGAAAACCGCCUCAGGGACAGGAACAGGAUGACGAGGAAAGGGAGACUAUGAGAUUGAGAGCCCGGUUCAAGGAGAUGUUGAUCCCACUGACUGCCAAGGACCGAACGAAACUAGAAAGAUUGAUCACGACACAUCCAUAUAUCUGUCAGCAUGUGCGGUGGAGGAAUCAGAUUGUGAAAAUGUUGGAGGCAGAUGCCAAGACGGAGAUUCAAAGUCUGCACCUGCAGGAUUAUUCCUGUGCUGGCUCUGGGGCUUCUGUCGUUGUUGGGGGUAAUGAAGGUGAAAUUGGCGGCGGUGGAAAUAUUAGAGGUGCAGAGGAAGGAGGAGAGCUGGCGGCGGCGUCGUCGUCGGCGCUGGUGUUGUACUUGCAGCGCAAGCUUCAGGACCCAGAGAGUUGGUUGUGA